GGCACGCGGCGUCGCGACGCACCUCAUCGUACGCGUUUCGCGUUUCUCGAAACCGGAAAUAAGCUGGCUCGGCCCUGUGCGCGUGUGUGAAUACUUUUUCGGGAGGUAAGCAGGAUCGGUUGCGAAAGGGUGAAAGGGUAAGAGAAAGGGUUGUGAAGUGAAGACGGGGAAGAGGAGGUUUCACUUCCCGGUGGCGUCGACAAAGGGAAGCGUGCACGUUUCUUGAACUUUGGAACGAACCGUGAACGUCCUUCUUGCGUCCCUCGGGCGAGAGACGGAAGUUCGAAGGGAAGGUGGAUUGUAAAUCGAAAAAAUCGGAACCAAAUGGUGAGAGAGGGAAACGGGCCAAGGCUGUAUAUUACCGAAAUCGAGUAAUUUCCGGCCUCCAUUCCCGCUCAAGAACAUUGUCCCAAUGCUGAUUUCACGACGAAUUUAUCUCCAGUGGUUUAAAUCACGCGAUUUGAAGUAACGACGAUUCUACUUCGACAGCGGAUGUCGAACUUUUACCAUGGCUUCGGACGAUUCUUGUAGAAACACGAAAGAACGCCUCCGCACGAUGAGACGCGGCGGAAAUACGAGGUUACCAUCGAUCAAGUGAAGAUUUUCACGAAAAAUUUCCAUCGGCGUGCCCUGGCGGAUGCGUCAUGUCGUCCUACGAGGGUCACGUUUACGAGCGGAAUCUUACUUGAAGACGCAGAGAGACGAAGAGGGGAACAGGUUGGAACAGCUUUUAAAUUACAAUGUCAACGCCCGCAACGGACCCGCUUCCGUCCACCGUUUCCGGGGAAUUGACGACCGCUCUUAUACCGACGGUUACCAAGAUCGAUACGCGGCUGGACGUCAGUCCCAUCUCGGUGGUUUUGGCAGUGUCGAUAGUCUGCAUUUUAUCGCCGAUCACCGUCACCGGAAACUCCAUUAUCCUGGCCGCCUUCUAUAGGUACAAGAGACUGAGGACUGCGUCCAAUUACCUGCUAGUCUCUUUGGCCGUCAGCGACUUCGGGGUCGGUGUAUUCAUGCCUUUUGGGAUGCAGCUCGAGUUGUCCGGUUUACCGGAAAAUGGCGUUUCCACGUUGUGCAUCGUGCCAUACUGCAUCGUGAUUGCGCUAUGCAGCGUAAGCGUGCUGGUGACCGUGGCGAUUGCCGUGGACCGAUUAACGUCGCUUGCACAACCUCUCAGGUACAAGAACAUCAUCACUCACAGCAGCAUCGAGAAGUACAUCGCCGUGUUUUGGAUCUACGCGAUCGCUGUCGGUCUCUCGCCUUUGAUCUACGUGAAAAUAGUGGGCGUUCAAUCGCACAGUGGCAACUGCAGAUUCGGCGCAGCGGUUCUCCCACCAGUAAGGGUGUUCCUGGUGGUGGCAGUGUGGGCACCCAGUGCUCUCGUUCUUCUCGGUUGCUACAUGUACGUGUAUCUGGUGGCACGUGCACACGCACGUGCGAUUUAUACGGUAGAAUUGUCAUUCAGGCAUCAAACGCAGACCUUGGCAUUGCCGCGUUACGGCCAAACAUUGGCAGUCACGGUCGGCGCGUUUCUCAUUCUCUGGCUUCCCUUUCAAACUUGCAUGCUGCUAGAUAUUUUCUGCGGUACCAAAAUCCUCACCGAAUGGGCGGUCGUAUGGCUUGGAUUGCCUAUAAUGGCGCAUAGUGGCGUGAACCCAUGGAUUUAUGCUUUCCAUCAUGGUGAGAUGAGAGUUGCUGCAGGUAAAAUUACCGAAGAAUUGGUUGCUCUGUUCGGAGUGACGCCCAGCCGUUACGGUUGUUCCCCAAUGAGACGUGGUUCCAAUACGAAUAUGGAAUUAGCAGAGGUGAACAAUAGUAACGAAGGCAGAAGACAUCCUGUCGAAGAUUGUUUUGCAGUGAAGCAAAAUAGCACUCUAUAUACCAGCAGACGAUGUCUAGACGUGUCUGGGAAGCACACGGAUAUCUCGCCGGAAAGAAAUAUUGAUCACACUUCUUCCGAGAAUAGACAAGAAGAUAUUAUCGAGGAAAAUAUCCAUGAUCUCACGAUGAUGCUCGAUCUAAAGUAUAUCAUCGAUCGUAAUCACAUGAUCGACUCGAAUCAUAACAUCGACAAGAUUAAAAACCUCAAGUAUUUAUUAGAUCCAACGUUUAACAAGAUCAGACAUCUGAGAAGAUUGAAUCACAAGAAGCUCGCUAGCAAGAACUUCUCGAAAGUAUCGGAACCAAAAUUCAUCUCGUAUCAGAAUUUAAAGAGCGAUGGCACGUUAAAUCCUAAAGCAUUGCAAAUGAAUACCAUGUCGGAUCCUAUGCUCAGUGCUGAUAGCCCGACCAUACACGCAAAAGAUUUCAAUGUCGGUCUCAGUCCUAUUAACAUCAAAAGAAGAAACUCGAAUCUCUGUUCUGUAUCGGAUCCAAAUAUUAAGGCAGCAAUAGGACUCUCUUCCGAGGUAAAUCUUCGACUUCCAACUGAUGAAAAUGUGAAUGAAACUCAUAGAUAUUCUGUACAAAAUUUAGAUCAUAAUAGAUACGAUGGAGGAUUAGCUAAACAUAUUAUGUUGUCUCGCCAAUUGGAGAAUCAAAAACGGUUCCAAAUCUAUCCGCGUCCACGGAUGAAGAUCAAUAAUUACGAUCGAAACAGUCCAAAUUUAAAUUUAAGGCUGCAAAACAGUUAUACAUCGCUAUCCAUACCGGAUAACACCAGAUCGAGUUUGUUGGACAGUCCGAGACAAAGAAUGUCGCCAAAACAUAUGACAAUUACUUCCAAUAAACUAGCCAAUCUUGUUCAUCAAGAUCAUUUGACUUCGAGAAACUUGGAAUCCAAAACAGAUUCAGCUUCCAGAGUAUUACAAAUCCGAAGAAAUAUGGAAAUAUUGAAACAUUCCGAAUCGAUCAAUACUAUAGAACCAAUGACACAUGUCCGAUUAUUAGAGCCUUAUAAAAUCAUGGAAACUCUUGCAGUACCUACGGUACAUUCGGAACCACCGAGUCCCAUAGAUCCACUUCCUCUUGCCUCUUUGCAAGAAGAGGACGUGAAAAAUUCCGAAUCGAAGCCUUCCAUUAAUAUCGAUUACUUGAAAUCUCCAAUGGGUAAUAGAAGAAGUCCAGUUAGACAUUCAGAUCCUGUGAUACCAUCCGUCUUGUUGAAUAUCGAAGAUUAUAGUGAAAAUCACAAAUCGAACAAAUCUAGUCACGAUAGUUCCUUCAAUAAUUUGGCAUCGUUGGAUCAAAUGGCAUCGAUAGAACCUAUAGAUCUGUUCGAGGCUUUGUUGAAAAAUUCGGAAAAGUGUCGAGAAGGAAGAUUACCAGAGCCAAUCUUCGCUGAACACGAUUCCACGAGAUUUAGUUCAAGAAGACCUUCGGAUUCGAAAUGGUCAGAAUCGUCGAGAAGUCAAGAAAUUCUAUCCAAUGUAGUUACCGAACAUCAAACAUUUCCUUCGUCCUAUUCAGUGAACAAUUUUCAGGUUUGCAAUAGCGGCAGCGACCUAAACGAUCUGACAUCCCUGGAUCCAUUCAUGUGUCCGGACGCAUUAACAUCAUCGUUACGCGAAUCCUUCUUCAGCGCCCCAUCUGUACCUGAUUCAGAGAUUUUCACAUCGUUCGAAGAUGAAUCUAAUUUCACAUCAGAUUCUGAACAUAAUUUAUCCCCAUAUGAUUCCAAAUCAACGAUCAAUUUGAAAAAAUCAGCGAUCGAGGCCGAUUUACAAAGCAAGUCUACGGAGUCUAUGUUUCGAAAUAGAUGCCUGUCGAUGAAAUCGUGCACGAUUUUGCGAUUAGAACCCUCGUUACAUCGAAAUAGGUUACGUAUCAAACCUGGAGCGGAUUAUAUUCUGAAAGAUAUGUCUAUUAAGAAUUCGCAUUUAGCUCCGCUCGCCACACCAACACCCACUGAAAUUUGUACUCCUACAUUCGAACUUGUUUCAGAAAUAAAGAGUGACAAUGGUGUCGGCGUAAGAGUAUAGAUUUAUCAGUUGAUGAACAAAAUGAUCGUUCGUUUAUUUAGACUUUAGAUGGACAUUGAUGAAAUAAAAUUAAACAUCGUUAGUUAGCAUUGUCUUUCGAUUGCAAUGUUAUCUGUUCAUCGAACAAGAAUUUUUAUGAUGUAUCACGUUGUAUAAUGAUGCGAUUACAUGUCUGUAUUUUUAUAAUAGCUCGAUGCUGAUAAAAUUAUUCUGUCUAUCUUUUAAAAAAGGCGUACUGAAAUGUAGAUUAUUGUGAAACAAAGGAACUUUCAAGUUGGACUGUGAUAGUACGACGUGUCUUUAAGAGGAUCAUAGAACGAUCACGUGAGAGAGGAAAUUCUAUAAUUAUUUGACGAUAAUUAAUCCUUUGACUCCUAAAGAUCGUUUGAUCAAAAUAUUUCUUUAAAGAACGAAGAAUUUAUCACUUUUUAUUGAAGAAUUUAUGGAAAGAACUAUUUUAUUCUAUAACAAUAAUACAAUAAUUUAUUUUAAUAUUAAUCUAGAAGGAGUCUUAGAAUUAAAGUCGUUAUAAAUUUGUAAUAUAUUACACGAUUCACAUUGAAAUAUUUAUGUUAGUAUAAAUUAAGAUAUUCAAAGCGUAAAAUAUUAAAAGAAGAAUGACUACGAAAAAUAUAUAGAUAAUGAAUCAAUCUAUUGAUGAAAAUCGCUAUUAAGAAAGCAACGAUAGCUGGAUUUGUAUCUAUAGAUAUUAUUUAAAUCUUAUAUCAAUUAUAUUUAUCAAAUUUUGUCUCGCUGAUUACGGUUAACUUGGCCGAUAUUUAAAUAUAUUUCAAUAUUAUUUUAAACGUUAUCAGAACAUUGUGCCAAGCGAAUUACGCAAGAUUUUCAAACAAUUUUCGUUUUCCUCUGAAGAAUUAAAGUAAGACAUUAAACUGUGAACUACAUAUAUUGCCGUUUGUGUACCUGAUUAUAGUUGAUAAUUUGUUGAUGAACAAAGUUUUUCAUAAAAUAUAUGAUAAAAUAUUGAUGGAUAGUUUUUGUCCUUACAGUCAACGAAAUCUGCCCGGCUCAUAUCAUUUAAGUUACACUUCAUAAUUUUACAUUUCUCUUUCGAUCGAUUAAUAAUAACCGAUUACUUAAUCAUAUCCAAUUUUAAUUAAUUUAAUACAUACAACUUAAUAGUUCGUGAGAUGAUAAAUAAUUAUUUACUAUUAACUAUUAGGAAAUCUAAUCAAUCUCGUUCUAUUUCUCUAAAAUAAAAAUUCUGAACAAUGAUCGGCAUUUUAAAAACAAAUAUAAAUAUUGUUAGUAUUAUGAAUGAAUGUUACUUUGUAACAAUAUUCAAAGAAUAUGAAUAUUUUAACAAAAACACAAUCACAUAACACAAGAGGCAACAAGCAAGAAUCAUUUUAGAUCGAAUGCAAGAUGUAAUUUAUUUAAGAAAAUUGUACAGUAGAAGGAACGUAAGGACCAAACAUUUUCGAUAUAUGAAUUCUAACGUGAAUGUCAGUCCUUGACUUACAAUUAGUUAGAUAACUUAUAAUUAGCUUAUAAUUAUAUGAUAAAAAAUUUUUAACUUAACUUGAUUGUAUUCUUUUACAAUGUCUCGUAGUAAUCAUAGUCAAAUUGAUAUUUGAAUUGAUUUAUAAAUAUCUCUAUCGAAA